AAAAAUGUCAUCCAAGCCUACUGAAAAAGAAUCUGGUCAAGAACUCCAAGUCGGCCCUAGCGUCGAGCAACCUGGAAAGCAACCCACGGAACCUUCGCAUCCCAAUCGGCAAACGACGGUCUACAUUGCCGCUUCGCACCGUCAAGAUCGCUCGACAGAAGCCAAGAUGGAAAGUGCACGAAAGGCUAGCUUGAACUACUCGGAAGAAACCGGCCAACCCUUGUAUAUCAACGAAGCCGGCGAAGCGAUCAAGCCUGAAGAUGUGGCUGAGGAAUAAAAAUAUCGACUUCUUCUUUGUACUGUAAUCUCUCGAAUGCAGAAAAUUUAAGGAAACCCCAAUAAAAAUGAUUAGCAUAGCGCAG